AUGGGAGACUCCCUACCAAACGGCUCCCGAGGCAGCUAUGCACAUCUAAUCUGCUCCGCCUGUCGUGCUCGCAAGAUCAAAUGCCGCCUCCCAAUCGCCCAGGAAGAGGUGCGGCCUUCGAGCUCUCCCCGGCCGCCGGUAGAAGCAUGCGAACGAUGUCGCCGCCUCGAUCUGCCUUGCAUUGUCAACAAACCCAAAACAAAACAAAGGACAGCAGCGCGAAGACAUGGUCCAGAUCGGAGGAGCGCUGUUAAUAUCACUGCCGCGCCUGAUGAGCGGUCGUUUGCCCCUGUGAAUCCUCGUCUCUUCGACCAAUACUAUACGCCAUCCAACCCAUCUUCCACAGCAACAACUGGCACUAGCAGUCAGACAAAGACUCCUCCUGAUGCGUCUGAAGCCUUUCGAGCCAUGUUGACCUCGGCGAAUCUCAUGUCAGCGUUGCUCGCCCAAGACUCGAGCUUCGGCGCCUCCAGUCCGAGUUUUCCUGUGCCGGGACGUCUCCCUCUCACAGAAACAAUCAGUAAUGGCCUGGCCACCCUAUUGGACGAAAGUCUCGUCUGGCAUCGAUUCUAUCUACCAUUUCUUCCGACGUUGACGGAAUUACGAUCACAGCUGGUUGGCGGCUCGUUUACCAGCUCGUCGACCUCUUUGCUGUUUGCCUUACUUGCACUAUGUGCUCUCGAACACCCAUCCAGUGAGCUAUACUGGCAUCAAGACCUACGUCAAUACCUGCAAGCUUUCGUCUCCUACCAUGGCCAGGAGUUCAUUUAUGACCCGCCUGUUCACCGACACACGGUUUACAUCCUCCACGUUGUGAUUACCUACAAACCGACAGCAUUAAUCGCAUGCCAACAAUCUGCUUCUGCCGCUAUCAGAGGAUCUACUCAUACCAUGCUCGUGUACAGCAUAGCAAAGAGCUGUCAUUUUGGAGAUGCGGCCAGUAGCCUCGCAAAUAUUUUGGACAGGGACGAAGUGCGCGAUGACUAUCGCACGAAGAAGGUUCUCGAUGUCCUUCUAUGGUGCCGUACCCUUAUCCAUCAUGUCCUUCUCGAGGGUUCGAUCUUGAAACCGCUCUCAGACAUGCAAAGCCACCUCGACAUUAUGGAUCAUGCCUUGGGAGUUGUUCACGAAACGAUGCUCAGGGUCUCUUUUGCGGCCCCGAUCAUUUAUUUCUUCCACGCUGUGAGAUGCGUCUACGUCGAAAUGCGGCACUAUGUUCGAAUGAGAAAGGCUCGUCGUGACAUGACGGUCCUCGCAUCCAUUAUCACAGAUCACGAAAGUACCUGUGAAGAGCAGAAGAAUGAGAUCUUGCAACGACUGUCCGCAGUGGAGCCCCACGACGCGACGAAAGAAGAGAUUUCGGCUGCGAUUUCCCUCGCCCCUAUGGACAGUGACCAGUCUCGUGCACGUCUUUUCGCCGUUGCCAUAUUCUUCGCUAUCAUGGCUCACAUGACACCAAGCGAGUCUCAUGACAAGGUUAGCCCGCACGAGGCCGCGAGAAUGAGCAAGCUUGUCUUCAACAUCUGGAGGGAUCCUGCCAGCCAGGGACUCCGCGAUUUUCUUCUGCAUUUUGUGGCGCUGAAGGAUACGGCUGUACAUGCAGUGCUACAAAGCUUCACAGAUGCGGGUAAAACCCUCAGACUCCAACGCAUGUCUUGGCUUCCUCCAGCACGGAAAUCUUCGCAGGAAAUUCUGUUCCAGUGCUGGCUCAUUGUGGAUCAAAACAUUGCACGGCUUGACGAAGGACUCGGGGCGAUUCCAGAUAUCGAAGGCCGGCUUGUUCUGCUCCAACACAGUGCAGAAACUCUCGAAGCCAUAUCAGCCCCGGCCGGCUGUUCCAUCGAUGAUGCAUUUGCCAAUGGGAGCCACUAUGCUGCAAGCGCGAAAUUGAUCCGAUGCCUGCAUGGUAUCUUAUCGACACGGGUAGCACAGCAGGCUGCCUCCAGCACGCGUGCUGCGGAAACGAGCUCGCAGUCGCAUCUUAUCGAGCCUGGGGAGACCAAGCAGAGCCUGCCGUAUUCUGCCGAUCUAGACCUUGAACAAGUCUUUGGCGAGUGGGCCAAUUGGCCCUACAAUAGCACCUGGGACAUGCUUCAGUCUCUGCAAGACAACACGCCAGAGUAG